CUUUCCUCUGGCCUUUGCUUGUCCUUCCGACUGUUUCUCCUUCAACGUUCCGCAUCUUUCCUUUGUCUUCUCCGCAUCUUUCCUUCCUCUUCGCAUCUCGAAAAACCCAAUUUUAGCAAGGCCUCCUAAUUCUCCUGGAAAUCCAGUCCGUUUAUUAUAUCCUCGUUCAGAUUUCACUGCUUUCUGAUCUGCGCGGGAAUGGGGUCUACGGCAGAGGAGGAGGAGCCGGAAGGAAGGAAUUUAGCUGUUGUCGGAGCGCUUUCAGCUGUAUUGGGAGAAAUAUCUGCGAUGCAGGAGUGCCGGGGACCAUUUCGCAGGGCUUACUACGAUCUCGCGCGGCGGAUGAAGCUCCUGAGCCCUUUCUUCGACGAGCUCAAGGAUAGCACUGAGGAAGAGCUCAUUAGGGAGAACGAGUCCCGAGCCCUCUGCGAGCUACUUGACGCUUUGGUUGCUGCCAAGGAUCUUCUACGCUCGGUCAACGAGGGAAGCAAGCUCUAUCAGGUUUUGCAAGGGGACAAGUAUGCAAAAAACUUUCAGGAGGUCACAGAACAAAUAGAGAGGGCUUUAAGCAGAUUAUCCUAUGAUAAGUUUGAUAUUCCUGAAGAGGUGCAAGAACAGAUUGAGCUUGUGCAUGUGCAGUUUCGAAGGGCAAAAGAAAAGAUGGAUUUGCCUGAUUCUCAACUUCUUAGGGAUUUUUCUUUGGUACGUAGUGGAGACUUCUGUGAUCAAGCUGUACUUCAGAGGCUUUCUGAGAAACUUCAACUCAGAACCAUCAAUGACCUCACGAAAGAAGCUGCUGCUUUAAAUGAAAUGGUCAUUUCUUGCGGCGGAGAUCCCGACGACUGCUUGGAAGAGAUGUCAACCUUGCUCAAAAAGCUUAAAGACUCUGGAAUCAUUGAGAACCCAGUUCAAGAAAACCUUGAAAAUAAAAGAAGCCUAGUGAAACAUAGAUCUCCUGUCAUCCCUGAUGAUUUUCGUUGCCCUAUAUCUCUUGAACUGAUGAAGGACCCUGUCAUUGUCUCUACUGGGCAAACAUAUGAGAGAGCUUGCAUUCAGAAAUGGCUAGAUGCAGGACACAAAACCUGUCCAAAGACACAACAGAAUCUUUCCCACACUGCUCUCACCCCAAAUUUUGUCUUAAAGAGCCUGAUAGCACAGUGGUGUGAGGCUAAUGGACUUGAGCCUCCUAGAAGGAAUGGCAAUGGCCGCGACAAAAAGUCAGUGAAUCAUUCUGACUGUGAUCGAGCUGGUAUCAGUGCACUACUAGAGAAAUUACUAAGUACCAACCAAGAAGUACAGAGAGCAGCUGCUGGUGAGCUUCGAUUGCUAGCAAAAAGGAAUGCAGACAACAGAGUAUGUAUUGCUGAAGCAGGUGCAAUCCCCUUGCUUGUAGAACUCCUCCAAUCACCUGAUCCGAGGACACAGGAGCAUGCAGUAACUGCUCUCCUCAACCUUUCUAUUAAUGAGAGCAACAAAAGUAGCAUUGUCGCUGCUCAGGCAAUCCCAAAAAUAGUAGAAGUGCUUAAGAAUGGGAGCAUGGAAGCAAGAGAAAACGCUGCUGCUACACUUUUCAGCUUAUCUGUAAUUGAUGCCAAUAAGAUAACAAUUGGGGCUGCUGGAGCCAUUCCUGCACUUAUUGAUCUCCUGUGCCAAGGAAGCCCAAGAGGCAAGAAAGAUGCUGCCACAGCUAUCUUCAACCUCUCUAUCUAUCAGGGUAACAAAGUGAGAGCUGUCAAGGCCGGCAUCGUAAUCCAUCUUCUGCGACUUUUGACCGAUCCAAGUGGCGGGAUGUUAGAUGAAGCCCUGGCUAUAAUGGCAAUACUGGCAAGCCAUCAUGAAGGGAGACUGGCAAUUGCAGAAGCCACUCCAAUUCCGAUUUUGGUGGAAGUGAUGAGAAUUGGGACCCCUAGGAACAGGGAGAAUUCAGCUGCAGUGCUGUAUUCACUCUGCGCUGGGGAUGUGCAGCAAGUGAAAAUUGCAAGAGAAGUUGGCGCAGAAGAAGCUUUAAAAGAACUCUUAGAAACUGGGACAGAUAGAGCUAAAAGGAAAGCAGGAAGCCUUCUGGAGCUUAUUCACCGAGGUACUUAGUUUUGAAUUAUGACCAUCACACUUCAGUUUUAGUUCAGGCGUGACACAGUAAGAUAAGAAUGAUUUAUGUGCAUUAUGGAGAACAUUUAUGAGCUGAUAAAAAGCUUUUAUGUUGUAAAUGCACACUUUCUCUGGAUAAAUCUAUACAAAACCCUCAGCAGGUAUUUAUGAUGCAUUGUAAUCUCUAUAUCAUUAAACAUUAUUUAAGAAUGAGUGCGCAUAAGUCUCUUUUGCAAUCAACUCCAGCAAUUUUUAUGAAGUAA